UCAUUCGGAAAAACGUUUUUCUGAUGUCCAUGAACGCACAGUCUGUGCAGUUAGCCUGCUCCCAACCAGGGCAGUGGUACUGUACACAUCCUUGGCAUUUGACUCAUGACUCAAAUCUCCAGAGAUAACAAUGAAGGCAUUGGGCUUCUGCGUCUGAAGAUUUGAGACAGUGUUGUGGAUGACGUCAGCAGCUGCCUUCAUAUCAACAGAUCAUGGAAUGUAAACAACGGUCACUAUGGCGGACGUGGGGUGGGGGGGGGCAUGGAUGUAUUAAGAUAGGAGCAAAGUGUGUCUGCUCGGCACAGACAGCCAGGUCGCCUCUUUGAUCGAACUGCAGCGGUGCAUACUGGAGAGAAACUGAAACUAGCGAAGACAGCCAGGUCGCCUCUUUGAUUGAACUGCAGCGGUGCAUACUGGAGAGAAACUGAAACUAGCGAUCUCAUCAAUGUUGGUAUUGAUAUUAUUGAUAUUUGGAUCGAUCUGCCCACCACAAGUUCUCAGGCGAAAAUUUAAAGAUUUGCCGACAGCCACAUCAAAAAUGGCAGCAGGUACAAGCUAUAGAAAAAGAGCCACAAUGGAGUUGGUCCUGAAAUCCGCCUACCAAAUAAAACUGAGGUCGGCAAAUCAGCUGUUUGGUCUAAUUAGUUGCAAACAAUGUGAAGGGGAAACAGGUUCAGAAUACCUGAAAGGGGUGUUAGGCUUUGUGUCCAAAACCAGACACAAGACUUUCAACUUGAAGAAUCCAGCUGGUGCUACAUGGAAGAUAGGAGACCUGGGCGAUACUAUUUAUAGUGGGGAAGAUUACGAGGUAAAUGGUUGGGGAAAGUUUUACCUUCCCGAGAAAGUAAAUAUGCAGGUUGUAGGUGUAGUGAAGGGGAUCUCGUGCCCGUGUGACCAGCUCGUUGUGAUGACCUGCUGUGAGGACAGACAGGUGUAUGCCUACGAUGGAGAGAAGCUGCAUCUGGUAGCUUCAAACCUGCAGCAGCUAAUGGAUGAGGGAAUAAAGUACCCAGGGUCCAGGAGCUAUUACAAUGGGGAGGCCUUCAAAGAUAUGACAGAUGAGGACUGGGACAAAGUGAACAAGAGGCUGGACCAAGAACACCAUGAACUGGUGAUGUCAAAAAAAACUGAAUUCCUUAAGAAUCUCAAAUCAAUCAAAGACAACCUAGGGAAGCCAGAGAUCCUUCAGCAGCAGACUGCUCCACCCUCAGAAGAAGGAGCGCUACCGCAGGUCCUUCAUUCCAGCAGCAGUCAGACUCUUUAAUGCAACAUCAUAAUGUAGCACUGUUAGCUGUUUCUGCAAUAUGAGCAUCACUCGACUAUAUUCUGCACUAUACAUAUUAAUUUAUUUAUUUAUUACUCUCUGUUACUUUCGAUA